AUGGACUCCAUUGCGCGAACCUGCUUGGGGGCUCUAGCAAAUGCCGCAAGGCUGCGCAAUGCCUUUGUGCCCCUUCUGGACGACCUUCCUAUUACAGACCGCGCAGCCUCAGUGCUGGAAUUGAUCCACUACAAUCCACAGCGCGGCACAGACACAUCAGACAUCCAAUGGGGCUGUGAAGCUCAUGAGGACCGGGGCCUCCUGACUGUCAUCUACAGCCCUCUCAGCAGAGGCCUGGAGGUGCAAUCAUCAUGGGGGGACUGGCAGAGCUGUGUCCUACAGUCGCGGCACGUGCUCUUAAUUGCAGGUCACACGCUGGAACAUGCCAGCAGCGGUCACUAUAUUGCAGCCCAGCAUAGGGUGGAUGGCGCUCGGGUGACGCAUGGCAGAGACUCUAUCGUGUACAAGCUGCGAGCACGCACAGAUGCUGAAAUCGACACCAAGGCAGCAAUCUUGGCUGCUGGCCUGCCCUACAGACCUGCCAGGUAUCCGCAGCCGGGACCCAGACUUCGGUUCUUGCUGUAUGUCAUAACUUUGACAGGAACUCUCAUCAGAGCAGACCUGAAUGCGGGUGCUCAGGCAGCCACUGUCCUGGACCUUAAGGAGCGAGUGCAGGACAAAAGUGGAAUUCCUGUGGACCAGCAGAGACUCCUAUACGCAGGGAUCGAAUUGGAAGAUGACAGGUUGUUUUCAGAGUAUGACAUCAGGCAUGAAUACAAGAUCCACCUCGUGCUGAGGCUGCGCGGAGACUGA